AUGAUCGCUUCAGCUGGGAACCUUUCUUCUCUCACGGAGGACCAGAAGCAGCAUUGGAUGGAACAUGGAUUUCUCAAGGUAGAGGGAUGCUUUUCUCGCGAGGCCGCCGAACAGUUCACCUCCUCUUUAUGGACUCGUCUGGGUGCCUCACCCGACGACAAAUCCACGUGGCCCACUGAGAAGUUGAACAUGCCAGCCCACUCUCACGUGCGUAUUGAGGACUUAGCACCGAAGGCGUGGGAUGUCAUGUGCGAGCUCGUCGGCGGCGAAGAUAGGAUAGCAGACUGGUGCAAAACUUGGAGGGAUGGUUGGAUUGUCAACUUCGGAAAGCCAGAGUUCAAACCCACCGAUCCGCUGGACUUUCGCACGCUUGAUAACUGGCACAAUGACGGAGACUUCUUCGUGCAUUUCCUAGAUAGUGGAGAGCAGGCACUCCUGGUCAUCCCGCUGUUCAGUGACAUUGAGCCCAAGGGCGGUGGCACGGUUAUCUGCACCGAUGGAAUCGGCCUAGUGGCGAAGCACAUGUACGACCAUCCAGGCGGAACUACUCCGUUCCUUGCCCCCCACGGCUCACCGGACCUAGAAGGCCCGGAGCGUCGCAGUCAGUGGAUGAAGUGGAUCAGCGACCCAAAGGCCACGCGCGAUGAAUCUUUCCAUGAAGUGACCGGCAAGGUCGGCGACGUGUAUUUCCUACACCCCUUGAUGCUGCACUCUGCCUCUCGGAACCUGCUCGGAACCGUGCGAGUUAUCACGAACCCACCUGUUGCGGUCAAGGAGCCCUUCAAUUUCAACCGUUCGGACCCCAACGAAUACAGUCUUGUUGAGAAAAAGACGCUUCGAGAUCUAGGUAGGCCUGAGGGUCUGCCUGAGUGGAGGAUCACAGCACCUCGCGAGAUGCUCACACCAGGUCGGUUAAAGCACAGGACGAUCUUGACCGCCGACUUCUGCUAA